AUGUGGCAAACGAGCUCGACCAUAGAACGCGAUAACGUUGCAGAGAAUGAUUUCCUUCCGACUUAUUUGGGUGUUAGAUUUCAAUUUCUCGACGAUAUUUUCCAUUUUAGAGAGCAUUCGGGCCCUGCCGAGCUUGGAGAUUAUAAGGUCGUAGGAAAGGAGAGAGUGCCGGAAGGUCCAAAACCCUCAGCUGUCUGCAAAUCGGAGCUGUCAAUUCAGGCUGUUAAGGGAGAUAUGAAGGAAGAGCAAAUAGAAAAGCUGAGAGGGGUGGUGAGGGAUUGCGUCGGCAAGCAUUUGUACUCAUCGGCGAUUUUCUUCGCCGACAAGGUGGCAGCCAUCACGUCCGACCCGGCCGACAUAUAUAUGCAAGCACAGGCACUCUACCUCGGCCGCCACUACCGCCGCGCCUUCCACCUCCUUAAUGCCUCCCAAAUUGUCCUCCGUGACCUCCGAUUCCGCUACCUCGCCGCCAAGUGUCUGGAAGAACUGAAGGAGUGGGAUCAAUGCCUUUUAAUGCUUGGUCCUGCUAAAGUGGACGAACAAGGUAAUAUUACCGAUACAAAGGAUUACGGCAGCAUGUAUCUGGAUAAAGAUGGCGAAGAUCGUGAAAUCAAUAUUUUGUCAGCAAUAUACUUUUUAAGAGGCAAAGCAUAUGAAGCACUGGAAAAUCGUGUACAGGCUCGACUAUGGUACAAAGCUGCCAUCAAGGCGGAUCCUCUAUGUUAUGAGGCCUUGGAAUGUCUUAUAGAGGGUCACAUGCUCACCUGUGAAGAAGAGACAAUUCUACUGUCAACAUUGCAAUUCGGCCCUGAAGAUGGUUGGCUCUCUUCAUUCUAUUCAUGUCUGGUAAAGAAAUACGACAAAGAAUAUGUUGUAGAAGCAAAGUUCGGAGAACUAGAACAGGAACAUACAUUGAAGAACAAUACUGAUCUUUUAGCCUGCAAAGCUGAGUACUACCAUCAGUGUGGUGAAUACCAGAAAUGCUUUGAACUAACGUCAAUAUUGCUCGAGAAGGAUCCUUUCCACCUAAAAUGUACCCUGGUGCAUUUAGCAGCAGCUAUGGAGCUUGGGCAUUCUAACGAGCUCUAUCUCAUGGCAUGUAAUUUAGUCAAGGACUAUCCUCAAAAGGCUCUUUCAUGGUUUGCUGUGGGUUGCUACUAUUACUGCAUCAAGAAGUAUGAUCAAUCACGCCGUUAUUUCAGCAAAGCAACAAGUUUGGAUGGAACUUUUGCCCCGGCUUGGAUUGGUUAUGGGAAUGCUUAUGCUGCUCAAGAAGAAGGGGAUCAAGCGAUGUCUGCUUAUCGUACUGCUUCUCGUUUAUUUCCUGGAUGCCAUUUGCCUACUCUUUACAUUGGGAUGGAAUACAUGCGAACCCAUAGCUUCAAACUUGCUGAGCAGUUUUUUUUGCAGGCAAAAACUAUAUGUCCUUCAGACCCACUUGUAUAUAAUGAACUUGGAACUGUGGCUUAUCACAUGAAGGAGUACAAGGAAGCUGUACGGUGGUUCGAGAAGACAUUGGCUCGCAUACCAUCCUCUGUAAGUGAGAUGUGGGAGCCAACUGUAGUCAAUCUUGCUCAUGCAUUGAGGAAAUUAAAGAGGUACAAUGAGGCAAUUGUAUACUAUGAGAAAGCUCUUUCUUUAUCAACAAGAAGUUCGAGUACUUACGCAGGACUUGCAUACACAUAUCAUUUGCAGGAUAACUUCACUUCAGCAAUUACAUAUUAUCACAAAGCUUUAUGGCUCAAACCAGAUGAACAGUUUUGUACUGAGAUGUUGAAUUUAGCGCUUGUUUCUGAAGUUAUUGUGCAUCGUGAAUUUUGUACUGCCUGCAAUGCAAUACCCCUUUGGAAAUCUACCCAAAUGGCAUUUCUUCCCUGUAGCAAAGAUCUUGGGAAACCAGUCCCUAGAUUUGCCAACAACAUCCGCCACAUCGCGAUACAAAGAGAGGAAACCAGUUCGGAGAGAAGACAGAACGCACAGUCGCCGUCGCCACUUCGAGGUUUGACAAGUGAGACACGGUUCCAGGGAGCUUCAGCAUUUGAGGAUAGUGCGGGUGAUAUUGUGGGAUUGUGUGCAAAUUUUGAUGAGAAAAUGGAAAGACUAGCAAGAAUAUUGAACACGGCGGACGGCCUCCGGCUGAAAACUAUCAAGACGGUUGUGGAGCUGUUGACGCCUCAACAGGCGGCGGAGUUCCUGGUGGCGGCUGCCGAGUUGUACUUUGGGAUUCAUGCAUGGGGCGUUGAACAAGAUCGUCAGAGGCAAUGUAUGAAUUUUACAAUUCUUUUCUAA